GAUGACGUUACUUAUAUGUACGCGCGCCUACAUGGGGUAGAGUCUACCAUUUUAUUUGAGCGAAGCUCCAUUAGGAAAAGCUUCUGCUCUGAUUCAUCAAUGGAGUCUAUGUGCUAUCUUCUUUCGCCGCCACCCUCAAAGCUUUCUUUUAUCAAGCCCACUUCUUUAAUGAUUGUGUCAGCAACUUCACUCUCGUCUUUGUCAUUCUCGUCCAUGGCCUCUCCUCCAAAGCGAAAAACACUCACUUCAAGACCGAUGUCUUCAAAACCAACUAAAACUCCGUCUCCUACAAUACCCACGACUACUAAUCUAGAUACAGAUACCUCAGCUUUUUUCCCGCCCAAGAAGGUAUUGCUUCCAAUUGGGUUUGGCACAGAAGAAAUGGAGGCAGUUAUUUUGGCUGAUGUUCUACGACGAGCUGGUGCAGAGGUGAUUGUUGCAUCUGUGGAGCCACAGCUUGAGAUUGAAGCUGCUGGUGGCAUUAGACUGGUGGCUGAUACCAAUAUCUCCAAUUGUUCUAACGAAGUUUUCGAUCUUGUGGCUUUGCCGGCAGGGAGGAAUGCCUGGUUCAGCAAGAUUAAGAGAUUGCGAGGUUCUAAGGCAAAUCACAAGUAGACAAGCGGAGGAAAAGAGGUUAUAUGGAGCUAUUUGUGCUGCUCCGGCUGUCACACUCCUUCCAUGGGGUCUUCUAAGAAGAAGACAGACGACAUGUCAUCCUGCAUUCAUGGACAAACUUCCAACCUUCUGGGCUGUUAAAUCAAAUAUUCAAGUUUCCGGACAGCUUACUACAAGUCGUGGUCCUGGAACUUCUUUUGAGUUUGCUCUAUCUUUAGCUGAGCAGCUAUUUGGGGAGUCUGUUGCCAAUGAGGUUGGAGAAUUAAUGCUGAUGCAUACUGCUGAUGAUAUGCGUAGAAAGGAUGAGUUUAAUGAAGUUGAUUGGUCGGUUGACCACAAACCCCGUGUUCUCGUGGCUGUUGCAAAUGGUUCUGAAGAGAUUGAAAUAGUAACUAUUGUGGAUAUUUUACGGCGAGCAAAGGUGGAUGUUGUGGUUGCUUCAAUUGAAAAGUCAGUGCAAAUUUUGGCAUCUCAAGGCACAAAAAUAAUUGCUGACAAGUUAAUUGGUGACGCUGCUGAGUCCAUAUAUGAUUUAAUACUUCUUCCGGGAGAAAUUGCUGGGGCUCAGCGAUUACACAAAUCAAAGGUUCUUAAGAAGCUACUCAAAGAACAAGACGCAGCUGGAAGAAUAUAUGGAGCGGUUUGCUCUUCCCCUGCAGUUCUACAUAAUCAGGGUUUAUUGAAGGAUAAGAAAGCCACUGCACAUCCUUCUGUUGAGAAUCAGCUAAGUAACAAUGUAAUAAAUGACGCCAAAGUAGUUAUUGAUGGUAAAGUGAUCACUAGCAAGGGGCAUGCUACAGUAACAGAUUUUGCAAUGGCUAUAGUGAGCAAGCUUUUUGGCCAUGCAAGGGCGAGGAGUGUAGCUGAGGGCCUUGUUUUUGACUAUCCUAGGACUUAGAUGUGUUGAAUAAGAGUGGAAGUGAGGAAGUCAAUGAAGAUGCCCCGAUCCAUGAAGGAGAGCCACUUAUCCCAGAGUCUCAGACUCUAAUCAGCUAAUGGAGAAUACAAACUUUCCAGAGCUAUUUGGUCAAGGGUUAUUCAUGGGAGUCAAAGUGUGAUGUCCAGUUUUGGAGUCUUGUUCGAAUCCUAAUACUGAAUUUGAAGAAGAUGGUGUUUGGGUUUCUGCGAAGUUUAGUGCAAUUUGCACCAGUUUUAAUCAGGAGAUAGGGUUCUUGUUUGUGAACUGAUUCUAACAUGUCCAGAUACACAGAAAUAGCAAUCAGCAAUUCGCUUCCGGCUUUGGCUCAUAAUUUAUUGCCAACUGGUACAGAAUUCAGAAUGUUCAGUAUAUUUCAUUAUGCAGGUUUGUAGUGCAGCCCUUUUUUUUUUUUUUUUUUUU